AUGUCUUCCACCAUUUCUGCCCCGCCCCAGGCUAAUUCAGUGUCGGACUCGGAGGCCACCAUCCGACAACGAUGGAUAAGCGGAGAAGCAAAACAUACCCGCCUACCGGUUCAUGGCAGCUCGCUUGUGACGUCGCUCAUCAUUCAUCAAGGCAGUAUAAUCUCUGCCUCUGAGGACGGCACCAUCAACAUGUAUGCAGCCGCCAGCGGCAAAUUGGUGCGCACUCUGAAAGGGCACGCAGGCGGGAUCUGGAGCUUGGCGGUCGCGGAGGAUACUCUCGUGAGUGGCUCAACCGAUCAUACGGUACGCGUGUGGGACAUGCCCACUGGAAGAUGCACCCAUGUCUUUGGCGGACAUAAAGGCACGGUCCGAGCAUUGCGAAUUGCUCAACCAAUGUGGGUUGAUGUCAAGGAUAAGUCGGGGGAGACUGUCCGGGAACUGUGGCCCAAACGUCCGCUUAUAGUUAGUGGUAGCAGAGACCACAACCUGAGGGUGUGGUCUUUGCCCAAGAAAGGCGAAAGCGACGGUAAUUGCUGUACGGAGGAGGGUGACCCGUCAGAGGUGACUCCUGAAAACAAUCCGCAUCAUCAACGGCGUUUGAGAGGCCACACACAAGCCAUUCGCGACCAUGCAGUGCACGGCCGUACACUUGUAUCCGGCAGCUAUGAUUUUUUUAGCAUCGCUCUCGACGGGGAACGCAACAUUGCGUAUUCAGGAUCCAUGGACUGUACUGUCCGUGUAUGGGAUCUGCUGAGAGGUCAAUGCAAGUAUACCCUGACAGGGCACACAAGCGUUGUAGGCCUUCUCCGCGUUUCUCCCUCGUAUCUCGUCUCCGCGUCAGCCGACGCCACGCUGCGUGUGUGGAACCCGGACACCGGUGAGCUCUUGCACAUCCUUCCGACCGGUGGUCCCGGCACUACGGUGGUUUGCCUCCACCACGACGAAGAGAAGAUACUCAGCGGGAGCAAAGGGGCCUUGUGGAUGUGGGACAUUCGUACUGGCGCAGGUAUUCGUGGGCUGCUCCAAGGUGCCAUGGAUGUAUCGCAGGCAGUGUUCGAGGGCCAGUGGUGUGCCGCAGCGACCAAUAAAGACAGCGCGACUUAUCUUGACAUAUGGGACUACGGGAGUCAGAGUGCAUGA